CGCGCCAGCGCCAGCGCCCGUGUGCGCAGACGCGGUCUCGCCCCUCUGCCGCAGUCCCUGUAGCCGUUGUUGCCGCCGCCGCUGCCGCCGCCGCCGUCGCCACCGCCUCCGGGCCGACGUUCCGAAAUAGAACGCGGCGUCGCCCACCCGUGGAGCUAGGUCCUCUCUCCUGUCCUCUCUAGGGGAAGAAGGUGAUGCUGAUGGGCCCCUUGCCGGGCGCCGAGUCAGUUCAGAAGCCGCUGCAGCUGUAUCGUUACCUACUGCGCUGCUGCCGCCAGCUACCGGCCAAGAACAUCCAGGAGCACUAUAAGCAUGCCAUCAGGCAGAGCUUCCGAGUCCAUGCAGAUGAGGACAACCCUGAGAGGAUCCAACAGAUCAUCCGAAGAGCGAUUGAAGAUGCUGACUGGGUCAUGAAGAAGUAUGAGAAACAAAACUAAGAAGCCAGCGAGGACUUGGGAGCCAAGAGAGCAGAGCCCUUGGCCAACGAUGGAGGCUCUGGGAUGCCGGCCUCGCUGGGACGAAUCAUCGAUGACACCUUUGCAUACCAAUGCGCCCGGCUGAGCUGAGCGCCGGGGCAGCAUCCAAGGGCCUGCCUUUGGUUUGGGCCACAUUGGCCAUGAGGGGUCAGUUUAGGGAGGGAGUUUUCAACUUCAUCCCUACAUUUGGUUGCCGAUAUUUGUCCAUUAUUUAUUCAUUGGCUCCACAAACAUUUAUCAACGAUCCAGUCAGAGACCAGGAAACAAGUAUUUAUUGAACCUGUCUUGUGUGCCUAGAGCGCUGUGCUAGGGAAAGAAGAAGAGAACCAGCUGUCUCUUGCCUUUUGUUCUAUCCCCAGGGCUUCUCACAGUGCCUGGCAUAAAGCAGACCCUUAAUAAAUGCUUGUUGACUGACUGACUGACUGACUGCCUGCCCGCCCGAUGUCAGACUUAGUGCUCUUUCCAUUGUAACGUUUGUAUGUGUGUGUCUGUGUGUUUUCUCCCUGAAGAAGCCAGGUUUUUUACCUCAUGCCCUCCCACCUGCAAGGAGGGGGAUCGAAGGAAGGAAAGAGAGAAAUUGACAUGGGCAGCAAGAGCUGAAGGAAAGAAGGAAAGAAAGGAAGAAGGAAGGACUUAGAAACAGCAUGAGUGCACCUGUUACUUCUGUCUUAUGUCAUGCCUAGCUUUUCCAAGCUCCUUUCUCAAUUGAGGUUCUCAUUUGAACCUCACAAUAGUCCUGUGAGCGAAGUGGGACAGUUCUCCCCAUUUAACAGAGGAGAAAAAUGGAACUUAGGUUGAACACUUGUUUGGGGAGUUUUUGAAUGAUUCUUUUAGUAAUUUUUUUCAUUUAUUUAUUUGUUCAUUCAUCCAUACCAUGUGACUUUAUUAAAUAGAGUCCAAGUGAAGUUGUACCUGAGUUAGGUUGGAUAUUAAAACAGAGUUAGUCCCGCCUUGUUUUAGGAAAACACUUACCCCUGAUCAGUGAACAUGGAGUUAGGAGAGAAUCCUUAACCUUCUCUGUGUGCUGGACCCUUUGGGCAGCAGGCUGGGGAAGCCCAUGGACCCUUUUCAGAAGAAUGUUUUUAAAUAGAUAAAAUAAAAGACAUGGGAUUAUAAAAGGAAAUCAAUUAUCCUGAAAUAGAGUUAUCAAAAUAUUUUUAAAAUCAAGUUAAUGGACUCCCAGGUUAAGUAUUCAUGACUUAGGAGGCUAUCAUCAAAUUAGAGAUACUAGGGUGCUGGGCGUUUGGUUUGGUUUUGUAUUUUUUUUGCAGGGGAGAUGGUGUACUAUGGAUUUCUAUUUCAUUAAAAUUAUUUUUUUUU